AUUGUACAGGGACGUGAUGUUAGAGAACUACAGGAACCUGGCCUCCUUGGGUCUUGUGGUCUCUAAGCCAGACCUGGUCACAUUUCUGGAGCAAAUGAAGACUCCCUGGGAUGUAAGGAGACUGGAGACGCCAGCCGUAUACACAGGAUGGAAACCUUUCAAAUACACAGAGUGUGGCAACACCUCUAAGCAGAAUUCAGAGCUUAGUCAAGAUCAGCAAAUCCACACGGGCAAGAAACCUGAUGAAUGUAAAGAAUGUGAAAAAGCAUUUAUGUGUUACUCAAACCUUAGUCAACAUCAGCGCAUUCACACUGGGGAGAGGCCUUAUAAAUGUGCAGAGUGUGGCAAAGCCUUUAAUCAGAAGUCAUAUCUUAGUGAUCACCAGAGAAUUCAUACUGGAGAGAAACCUUAUAAAUGUAAAGAAUGCGGAAAAGCCUUCAGUCGCUGCUCAACUCUUACUCAACACCAGCGAAUUCAUACUGGAGAGAAGCCUUGUAAAUGUAAGUGUUGUGGCAAAGACUUUACCAAGCACUCUCGUCUUACUCGCCAUCAGAGAAUUCAUACUGGAGAGAGACCUUAUAAAUGUGAGGAUUGUGGCAGAGCGUUUAGACAGCAGUCAUGUCUUACUAAACAUCAAGUAAUCCAUACUGGAGAGAAAUCUUAUAAAUGUAAAGAAUGCGGAAAAGCCUUCAGUUACCGCUCAACUCUUACUCAACACCAGAGAAUUCAUACUGGAGAGAAGCCUUAUAAAUGUAAAGAAUGUGGAAAAGCCUUCAGUUACUACUCAACUCUUACUCAACACCACCGAAUUCAUACUGGAGAGAAGCCCUAUAAAUGUUUAGAAUGCGGAAAAGCCUUCAGUCAGUACUCAAAUCUUACUCAACACCAGAGAAUUCAUACUGGGGAGAGGCCUUAUAAAUGUAAGGAUUGUGGCAAAGACUUUAGCAGUUACUCAGGUCUAACUUACCAUCAGAGAAUUCAUACUGGAGAGAAGCCUUAUAAAUGUAAAGAAUGUGGAAAAGCCUUCAGUUACUACUCAACUCUUACUCAACACCACCGAAUUCAUACUGGAGAGAAGCCUUAUAAAUGUAUAGAAUGUGGAAAAGCCUUCAGUCAGUACUCAAAUCUUACUCAACACCAGAGAAUUCAUACUGGGGAGAGGCCUUAUAAAUGUAAGGAUUGUGGCAAAGACUUUAGCAGUUACUCAGGUCUAACUUACCAUCAGAGAAUUCAUACUGGAGAGAAACCUUAG